UGAAAAAUUGAUUUUAAAAUCCGAAUAUCUACAAAAUUUCGACAUGAUAUCGAUGAAGAUUGGCCAGAUCGCCCGCUACAGCAGAUGCGCUAAGAAGGCUGUCAAGGUAGCCGUUGUGGGUGCCGCUGGUGGCAUUGGACAGCCGCUCUCGCUGCUCCUCAAAAUGAGUCCGAUGAUUUCGACGCUGGCGCUGCAUGAUUUGCAGGAUAUCAAGGGUGUUGUCGCUGAUCUCUCGCACAUAUGCACUGGGACCCGGGUGCAGGCGUUUGUGGGCGCCAAGGAGCUGCAGUGCGCAUUGGAGGAUGCUGCCAUUGUGGUCGUCCCAGCGGGAUUGCCACGCAAACCGGGCAUGAAUCGUGCCGAUCUUUUGACUGUCAAUGGCGAUGUUGCCGUCGAAGUGGCCAAAACAAUUGCCUUCGUCUGUCCGAAAGCUCUCAUGGCCUUUAUCACGAAUCCAAUCAACACGAUUAUACCCAUCGUUGCCCAGAUACUCAAGGAACGGAAUGUCUUCGAUCCGAACCGACUAUUUGGCGUCACCACCCUGGAUGUUGUACGCGCCCGAACAUUUGUUGCGGAAGCCUUGUGCAUUGAUCCGAGGACUGUGCAGAUACCCGUCAUUGGUGGACAUGCUGGCAUUACAAUAUUGCCACUUUUAUCCCAGUGUCUGCCCAAGUAUACAGUGACUGGCGCGGAACGGGAUAAGUUGGUGAAACGCAUUCAGGAUGCGGGCAACGAGGUGGUCGAGGCGAAGGCUGGCGCGGGAUCUGCCACACUUUCGAUGGCCUUUGCUGCUGCUAAAUUUGUUGACUGCCUGCUGCGUGCCAUCAAUGGUGAGGAGAAUGUCAUCGCCUGCUCCUAUGUCCAGUCGAAGGUGACCGAGGCGGAAUUCUUUGCCACGCCCAUUCUACUGGGACCGGGCGGCAUUUACAAGAAUCUGGGACUGCCCCAGCUGGAUGAGCAGGAGAAGAAAGCCGUCGAAACACUCGUCAAACAGCUCCAGCAGGAUAUCGCAGAAGGCGCCAAGUUUCUAUGCAAAUAAGUUCCAAGUUAUAUAAAAGAUCCAAUUGCGAUUUUAGAAUGCAUUUGUAUCUGUAUCUAUAUGCAUUAUAAUUAUAUAAUUAUAGUAUUUA